AGGGACUUGAACGUACGGUAGCCGAUGGUAGUCAUCAUCAUUACGUCCAAAAACACUGUAGAAAUGGCAGCUGCUGAAAGCGCUAGCCUGUCGCUAAAUCAGCCAGAAGAGCCACUUAAACUGUCAGAUUUAUUAGAUCGUGGAUGGAAACUAUAUGAGGAUGUGGACACGACAAAUGAUCCCAUCGCUGCUACUCAUAUCCAGGUUAAAAUCAAGCGUGGAAUAACGCAACUGGAAGAGGCAACGCGAAUGGUUGCCCAACUCGACCUGUUCAGCCGAAAUGAAGAGUUGGAGGAGGUAGCAACCACUGAUCUGAAGUAUCUGGUGUUACCUGCUCUCCUGGGGGCUCUAACUAUGAAGCAAGUUAAUUUAGCAAAACGAUUAGAACAAGUUCAGAUAGCUAGAUGUUACUUUUUGGACUUCUUGAAAAGAUGUAAGGAAUAUAACAUAUCAAAGUUUGAACUACCCAAAACCAAUGAAAACUCUGCUGACACGCCAGAAGAAGAAUCUGCAAAUGGACCCCCCAAACCUCCGGAUUUGAUUGCAAUGGCUACAGUUAGAGCUGCAAAGAUAGAAAGAUACAAACAGAGGAAGGACACAGAGGCCAAGCUGUCAGAGAUCAAGGCCGCAGUGGAUAGUGGGCAGGCAGAUGAUGAAAUAAUCAGAGACUUCUACCUCCUCAAUGUGAGGAAAUGGAUUGCUGUGUCCCUGGAGGAAAUCGAAAGCAUUGACCAGGAAAUGGAGAUUUUGACCAGGAUGGAUGUUCUGAAACAGAGUUCAACUCAGCCAUCACAAUCAAAAAGGCCUCCCAUGAAACCCUUUAUUCUCACUAAAGAUGCUGUCCAGGCCCGUGUGUUUGGGGCCGGGUAUCCCAGCCUACCUACUAUGACUGUGGAUGACUGGUAUGAGCAGCACAAAAAGAAAAAUGUUCUGCCGGACCAAGGAAUCCCACACAGCGCUGAGGAUUUUGAUGCAGAAGAAGAGAAAGAGAAGAGGGUGGAAAAUGAUGAUGAAGAGGCCUUGCAGAAAGCUAGAGACUGGGACAAUUGGAAGGAUACACAUCGGAGAGGCUAUGGGAACCGUAAAAACAUGGGUUGACAACCUGCAAACAUAACAAUAGUGCCAAACCUGGUCUGCAAUAUUCAUCUACACUCUGUCCCUCCCAAAAUAAAGUUGCCAGUUUAUAUGGAAAGAUGGCCUUGAGGAAAACAGGCCUAUACAAUCCCAGACAGAAAUUAUAACAGUGUCUGUUUAUGGUCUCUUUAUUCUGAUGUGGCGAAAUCACAUCUUUCAUUGUAGCCAUAUCAGAAGAACUUUAUUGACAGCCAAUGUGAUCUGCAGGCUCCAUACAAAUUGAAAACGAAGUACUGCCAUCAAGGCCCGGCCUGUUGAAACAGUAAACGUAUGCAUGAGAAUAUCAAUGAAGUGAUUUUGAUUAAAAACUGUUUGAACUGCUCCUAAGCAGAUUUUGCAGGUGUUUGCUGAGAGUACAGCACUUAAAUACCCUGUUGUAAAAAGCAGAGGAGUGGUGAUUACAUGUUGCUAUUUGAUGUUCUCAUCUACAGGUUGUUUCACAGUGUUUGCUGAUGGGAAAUGUAGCUUGUGCUUAUACCUUGAUUGAUCAGUAUGUAUUUGGAUAGUGAAGCUAACAUUGAAAAUAUUGUUCUACUCCAGCAUUUUAGAUUGCAUUUUUCAUUAGCGGUGACCCUAAUUAUAUUCUGUAAUUUUAUUUGAUGUUGGUAUCUGUUUUACCAUUUAAAUGUGAGUCUAGUCCAACAUUUGAAGUCAGAAGUACUUUGACAAAUUCGCUCCUGGUAUAUUUAAUUUGUUCUGCGUUAAGUAUUUGGUUCCAUAUUCAAUAAAUGACUACAUCAAGCUGGUGAAAAAUU